AUGUGGCCACUAAGCAAAUUUGAAAAAGUUGACAUUUUGCAGUGUGCGCUCCAAGGGCGAAAUAGCGAGUUCCUGGGGCAAGCUCAAGCUCAAGCUCAGGCAGAGGCAGAGGCAGAGGCAGCUCGAGAUCUCAUGCUUUUGCCAGCAGAGAUCUUUGUCAAUAUAUUUGAGAUACUUGACGGCUGGGGCAAACUCAAACCCAAGUUUAUGCGCGUAUGCAAGCUCUUUUACCUGAUCAUCCUACCGAUGAUUUACCGUGCGCCGCAUUUGAGAGGCACCAAUUUCUUAAACUUUGUGGAAACAUUGUCCAACAACAAAAAACUAGGCAACUACAUCUUUUCGCUAGACUUGGCGUAUGUGAUACAAUCGGGCAAGAACGCGUUUGUUGCGCGACUAUUGAAGCAAUCAAGAAAGAACUUGCAAAGCUUUGUUGCUCCGCAAACAAGCUUUGGAUUGGGACCUUUGAUUGCGUUGAAAAACUGCCAGCACCUCAAGAUUUUGGAUCUUCGACUAGUCUCGGAAACGUUGAAUCUCACCGAGCUUUUCCGUUCCAUAGAAAAUCUACCGAGCCUCACUCACUUGUCGUUUCCUAGAUCUUCAAUCGAGAUUGACGAUUACGCCAAGAUUACAUGGCCGCCUAACUUGUCAUUCCUACGGCUAUCGGGAGGCAUCAACGACGAGUUCUUGUAUCAUUCGGAGUUUCCCGAGUCAAUAACCCAUCUUGAGUUUGCGCAUUGCCCCUCGGUGAGUGACCUUGGCCUCAAGCAAAUCAUGUACAGAAUCGGCAUCAAUCUCAAAACCCUCAAGGUCCAGUACCCGAUGCCCGGCUUGAAGGGAAACACCCUAGACGAAGUUUUCCACUACUGUCCGCAUUUGAGAGUGCUCGAAGUUUGCGUCGACUACUUGUCCAACAUGUUUUUUGAUGAACAUUUCUUGGACUAUUCUGGUUACAUGCGCCCGUUGCGAACAUUGUACAUAAAUAGCAGCGGGCUGUUGGGAACACUGAAUAGACUCGAAGCCAUGGACUUGGCUGUUGCAAUCGACGAUGGCAGGCUACCAUUGUUGAAAAAUGUUCAAUGCACUGCGAAAUUGGGUUGGGAUCCCAAAUCGGAAGCGGUGAAAUUCAUCGCAGAUGAGCUCGAUGAUAGAGAUGGCGGUCUAUAUAUAGGGUAUUAA